AUGAAGUCUUUUAUUUUAAUUAAAAUUUUCACAUAUUCCAAUUUUAUUUGGAUAUGUUCUUAUUUUAAUUGUGUGCGUACUUCCCAAAAAUCAUUAGAUAAUAAGAAUUAUACAGAUAGUAUAUUAGAUAUAAGUAGUGAUAUAUUUAAAUUAGUAAAUGAUAAGGAAAGUAAAAAUGCAGAAUUAAAUAUUAUGCUAUUUGAAAAUGGACAUAAUGAUUCAGAAAAUUGUAAAAAUAAUAUUCAAUCAAUAUAUUACGAAAAACAACAAUCAUUAAAUGAAGAUGAUAAUAGUAAAACAGAAAAUUAUGGAAAGAAUGAAUCUAAGAAUAAAAACAAUUUAACAGAAACAUCCAACAAAUUAUUCAAGAAAUGGAUAUGUGCUAUAUGUAAACCGUUCAGAACGAUAGAUAAUGUAUUUGAAAAACGACUAUAUAAGGUAUUCAGUCAUAUAUAUAAUUACAGGCAAUGUAAAGAUCCUACACAAAAAAAAAGUUUAAAACGUUCAGCAUAUAAGUAUAUUGCCUUAAUAUUUGUUAUACCAGGAAUGCUUUCAAUUAUUGGAUUUAUAUCAUUUUUUUUAUCGUUCUCUUUUGUUGGCAAUAAAUUAUAUUUAGCAUUAUGGGGACAGAAUUAUGAGAACGGGGGUGAAACCUUAAUAAAAUUUAUGCAAAAUUAUGGGGGUACAGAUAUAUUUUUGUUAGUUAUAUUAUUAAGUAUUUUUAUCCUUGUUUAUAUACUAGUAAAAUUUAUAAAAUAUUCAAUUAAAUUAGGAAGGAAUGAAGUUAAAUCAUAA